AUGCAGGGGCGCGUCCGGCUCGUCCUGUUCGACGUGUUCGACACGCUCUGCACACCACGUCUACCAGUGCACGAACAGUAUGCCAUCGAGGCGUGCAAAGCUGGGCUCAACGUCACUCCGGAGCGGGUGCGGGCUGGCUUCCGGCCGGCGUUCAAGGAGAUGAACGCUAUCCAUCCCGUGUAUGGGAAACACUCGAACCCGCCCCUCACACCUGAGGGCUGGUGGACCGACCUCAUUCACAAGUGCAUGGCGCAUGCCGGGGCGAGCGAGCGAGACCUAGACAGGGUCGGGCCCACGCUCGCUCACUCCAUCUUACAGCGCUUCGAGUCGACUGAGGGGUACAUUGACUUUCCAGAGACGUUGGAUGUUUUACGCGGCCUGCGCGAACUUGGGGUGCCAACAUCGGUCGUGUCGAAUUCGGACCCAAGAAUUCUCCUCUCGCUCGAUGCCCUCGAGAUCUCCCAGUUCAUCUCGUGUGGUCCCACACUGAGCUGGGACGUCGAAGCUGGCAAGCCCGACAAGCGGAUCUACGAGGCUGCGUGCAAGGCGUGUGGUGUUGAGCCUGGGCCAGGUGUUAUCAUGGUCGGAGAUGAACUUGAGGCCGACUACCGCGGAUCCGUCGCGGCGGGCCUAGAGGGUCGCCUUGUCCGGCGUCAUGGCGAGUGGUCGGACGGAGCAGUACGCGGGCACGCAGAGGACUUGGAGGGUGUGCAUGUCAUUCGUAGCCUCACUGAGGUGCUGGAUGAGGUGAAGCGGCGGAACGCUGAGUAA